CUCAGUCCUGCGGACGCUGUCGAGGCGUCUGCACGUGAUCCCCUCUUCUCUCAGCCGUCCUAAACUUAGCGAUGUUGCGCGCCCUGCUGCUCGUGGCGCUCAGCCUUGGGUCCUGUGGCGGGGUCUAUUUCAUCACCACGCCCUCUUCCUGGCGCCUGGCUGACUCCAACCAGGUGUGCGUGCACGUGUCUGAGUCGUCGUCCCCCGAGGGUUCCCUGGUCGUCCAGCUGAUCCCCGUGGAGUGGUUCAGGAACGACUCGGAACCGGUCGUCGACUUCUCCUUUUCUGUCCCUGCAGGGAAGGGAGUCACCUGCAAGGACGUGAUCACCAGCGAAACUAAAGCCUACACGGGACACUUGACAAUGAUUGGCUCUAUCGAAGGCUCUGACGUCAGUGUGAAACAACGGAUCUAUUUUUCGACACGUCGGAUUGACAAGACUUUCAUUCAGACAGACAAAUACCUCUACAGACCUGGCCACAAAGUUCAAUUUCGGAUACUUUCAGUCGAAGGCCCGUUGCUUCAGAUCGACACAAGGGAGUACGACGAGAUUUGGAUAACGACGCCAUCUGACAUUCGAAUUGCGCAAUGGAAAAAUGUUGACAAUUCUGACGGCCUCGUGCACCUGUCCAUGACACUGGCAGACGAACCUGAACACGGGACAUACAGGAUAUUCGUCAGGAGGCAGGACUGCACAGAUUCCACUAUUUUUGUGGUUGCAGAAUACGUUUUGCCAAGGUUCGAAGCUACUCUUACACCUCCGGAAUAUAUAUUAGCGACGGAUGAUGCAAUUAAGUACACCGUAUGUGCCAAGUACACGUUCGGCCAGCCCGUGAAAGGCGAAGCAACGUUAAGAGUGAGCAAUGAGCAAAGUGGACGUUGUCACACUCGGGUCAAUAAAACGUUACCGAUCACUGGCUGUCAGGACUUCGAGCUGACGUCGGAGGAGUUGCAGAUCCAGGACUGUGAUGUGUACACACUGCAUGCCGAGGCCGAAGUGACGGAGAAGGGAACGGGUGUUACCUCGCUUGCCAUAACCUUCACUUCCAUCACCCAUAUUGCUGUUGAGUUUCAUACCGUCUAUAAGGACAAUUAUAAGAAGCCUAAUCUCCCCUAUACCCUCAAGUUACGAGCAACUUUGCCUGACCAGUCGCCUGCUGCAGGGGUACUAGUGGAAAUAUGUGCAGCAGGAAAAUGUGCCAACAUGACCACAGCAAAAGAUGGCCUUAUAACUGCUACUGUAAUGUCUGACAAGGCCAACAGGAUUUUUAUGUCGACGCUUAAUUGUCGUGCAGGCAUGGUUUCAGCCUCAUACUCACAUUCACUCGAACACUACUUCUCGCCCUCGGACUCAGCUCUGCUCAUCUACGCCCCCGAAGGUCGUCUGAAGUGCGUGGCAGGUCAGAGUGUCCAGCACGACCUCCCACUCCUCUUCUCCGUCACCAACCAGGUCAAAGGGACGCUAAAGAUAAUGAUUAUUUCGAGAGGAAUUAUACAAAAGUGGUGGGAAGAAGACGUUGAGUUCGCACCGGGGCCUCUCCCAGUCGACGCUGAACACCUCGUGGACGCCCCCAGUACUCCUUCCCCUCCUACUGUCACGGGCGUGGUGAACUUGUCCGUCACCCUCCCGCCCACAGCCUCGCCGAAAGUCAAGAUCUUGAUUUGGUACACGAGAGAGGACGGGGAAGUGGUGUCAGACACAAGAGAGCUGGAGGUGGAGAUGUGUUCUCCAUCCAAGAGCAGCCUCGCCUGGUCUGCCGCACAGGGAGAGCCUGGGGAAGAGGUGAAACUGACGCUGGUUGGAGAGCCCGGUGCCGUCUGCUCCUUGGGAGUCGUUGACAGAAGUACAGAGUUGUUGUCGCAGACGGUUGAUGUAUUGACUUUGGACCAACUCGUCAGGCACGUGGCCGACUUCGAGAUAGAUAUAAGCGACACGCAGGUGGACACCCAGGAUUACUGCAGAAAAAAGGUUCUGGAAGAAGCGAAAGCGGCGAUAGAACCAACGGACCCAAUAGAGAGCACCAUAGCUAUACGUUACAUCAGGUACGAGAGUCAUUACGUUGAUGCCCUUCGAAUGUUUGCCGACUCUGGGUUGCUCGUGUUUACCAAUGCCAUAAUCGAGACACGGCCAUGCGAAGGACAUGAACAGACAGGCUUAAUGGCGGAAGACAACAUGAUGGUCUUAAAACACGCCUAUCUGUCUUCGUCGUCUGUGAGAGACAAAUUUCCGGAGACGUGGCUGUGGGAGUUGGUCGUGCUGCCUGAUAGAUCUCCAGAUGCUAUUGGUGUUCACAGAGAAGUGCUGACAGAUUUUCCAAAGCAGGCAUUGCCCAACUCUGGUGUAAGGGUAGAGCAACCAGAGACAUGGUGGUCAAUUGAUUCUGUUUUUUCCCCACAAAAUCUACAUUUCGGCCUGUUUUAUUUAAGAAUUGAGAUGAGAGCCAUGCAGAAGAGUGGAGGAAAGAAAUCGGCUGGAGAAGAACCAAGCAAUCAGAGAAGGUCGUGUCUCGCAGAGAAAGAGAAAGAAGUUCACAUAAUCAAGAUUUCAGCGCUGGAACUAGGAGAAGUCAACCUCACUCUGUCGGCUUCUGUGGACCGCUCGUUCCCCGGGCCAUGCGCCCCCGUAGAUGGGAUUGAGAAGAGUGACGCCUUGAUCAAGCCAAUAAAGGUUGAGGCUGAAGGUUUCCCACAAGAGGAGACUUGGAGUAAAUAUAUUUGUGCCGAAGACUUCAGCGACGGCGAGGGCGCGCUGGAGACGUGGCAGCUGGAGAGACGCCCAAACGUCGUUCCGAACUCGGACCGCGGUUGGGUCACUGCGGGCGGCGACCUGCUAGCUCUCUCCCUUGAGAAUCUAGGUUCUCUCAUCCGUAUGCCUUAUGGUUGUGGGGAACAGAACAUGGUGAACUUCGCCCCAAAUAUCUACAUCCUUCAGUAUCUUAAGGGCACCAACCAAGACACACCAGAAAGCACUGAGAGACUCCUAGAGUAUAUGAAAACAGGUUACCAGAGGGAGCUCCUGUACCGCCAUUAUAACGGAUCCUUCAGUGCCUUUGGAAAUGCCGAUGACUCUGGUUCCACUUGGCUGACUGCUUUUGUUCUCAAGUCAUUCGCUGAGGCAGAGGAUUUCAUCUACGUGGACGUGUCCAGUUUGAAUGUCACUAGAACAUGGUUAAGCUCAACUAAAUCUGACCAGGAUGGCUGUGUGGUUCCUGUUGGGAAAGUAUUCAGUAAAGCUAUGAAGGGUGGUUUGGCCGGGAAACAAUCCCGAGUGCCAAUGACAGCGUAUGUACUCAUCUCCCUUUUAGAGUCUGGGAUUUCUGCAGACGAUCCAUUUGUGCUAAAUAGUAUCAAGUGUAUCCUGUCUGACUCCUCUAGUGACCCAUACGGCCUGGCUCUCAAGGCCUACGCUCUGGCCCUUGCCCAGCAUGCUAGCUCGAAAAAAGUUUUACAGGAACUAAUUGAUUUGGCAACUAUGGAGGAAAACAUCAUGCACUGGGAUCUUCCAAAAGGUAGGAGUAACGCAUUGGUCGUGGAAACAGCUGGCUAUGCUAUAUUGGCCAUGAUGGCUCAAAAUCCUGAGGAGUAUACACUCUCGGCGAGAAAAGUAGUCAAGUGGCUCACCACCAAGAGGAACGGUUAUGGAGGUUUCUAUUCCACGCAGGAUACUGUUGUGGCUCUGCAGGCCUUGUCGGUCUAUGAAACACUCACGCAAAAGGGUCCUCUGGAUGUGACUGUUACGAUCACAGCUACGGAUUUCUCGCGGUCCAUCACCGUGAACGAAGACAAUAAACUUUUACAACAAUUGGUGAAUCUCCCAGUUGUCCCCACGCCGGUCGACAUCACUGUAAAGGGCCAAGGGUGCACUGUAAUUCAAACGGUCCUCCGCUACAACAUCAUCAACCCCGCUCCAACGGACUCAUUCAGCGUACGAGUGUCAGCCGCCAACGAGCCGGACUCGGGCUGCAAGCGCAUGCGCCUCUACGUGUGCGCCGAGUACCUCCUCCCCGACGGCGAGUCCAACAUGGCGGUUAUCGAGGUGGGCCUUGUAUCUGGCUACAUCCUCGAGGAGAGCGACCAGGAGGCGGUCGCGCAGAUGAGCUCGAACGUGAAGCGUUACGAAGUCGACGGCCCCAAGGUUUCCUUCUACAUCGAGGAGUUCUCACGCGAGGAGAUCUGCUUAUCCUUCGCCGCCAUCCGCGAGGUGGAGGUGGAGCAGACGGCCCCGGCAUCCGUUCUCGUGUACGACUAUUACCAGCCGGAGGCGUUCGCCAUGGCGAGCUACGUGCAACCGGCUGUAGAUGAUUGCGGAUGACGAGAGGGACUCGCAAAUAUGGAUAAAAGUGACUGAGUUUUAAUUUCGCUUAUUCUUUUGUCAAUUUUCUUCUUAUGUAGAAUUUGAAGUG